AUGUCGGGAAAUUCGGCUUCUGUCGGACUCCGGGGAUUUACAGGAGGUUGCAGAUAUUCAUUGCUUACUAUAGUAUGGACCGUCGUGGGAUUUUUCAUCAUGGCGCAUCUUAUCUCGCUGUAUACCAGAAAAGAUAACAUUGAUCAAGAAGUUCCUUCUGAUCGGUUACAACAAGUACAUCAUCGUUUUCAUCAUCAUCCUAUUGUUCAUGAACUCGUAAGAGUUGAAGAAGAGAUCUUGAGAAUGCCGCCACCUAGGAAGCGUUCUCCUCGUACUAGUAAACGGAAAUCAAGAAAACCGAUCCCUCUGGUCGAGGAGUUUCUUGACGAGAAGUCGCCAAUUCGGCAUCUUUUCUUUCCCGAUAUGAAAACUGCCUCCUUUGGUCCCACCAAGGAUAUGAGGAACGAUACGAUGCAUUACUUCCCCGGGAAAAUUUGGAUGGAUACGGAAGGAAAUCCAAUUCAAGCUCAUGGCGGAGGGAUUCUGCUUGACGAGAAAUCUAACACAUACUAUUGGUAUGGAGAGUAUAAAGAUGGACCAACUUACCAUGCUCACAAGAAAGGACCAGCUAGAGUUGAUAUUAUAGGAGUAGGUUGUUACUCUUCAAAAGACUUAUGGACAUGGAAAAAUGAAGGCAUUGUACUUGGAGCUGAAGAAACAAACAAGACCCACGAUUUGCAUAAAUCCAAUGUUCUUGAGCGACCCAAAGUUAUCUACAAUGAAAAGACAGAAAAGUACGUGAUGUGGAUGCAUAUCGACGAUGCAAACUACACUAAAGCUUCAGUUGGUGUAGCCAUUAGCGAUAACCCGACAGGUCCAUUUAAGUAUCUAUACAGCAAACGUCCACACGGGUUCGAUAGUCGAGACAUGACUGUCUUCAAAGAUGACGAUGGUGUUGCUUAUCUGUUUUAUUCAUCUGAAGUCAACAGUGUGCUUCAUAUCGGACCCUUGACCGAAGAUUACCUAGAUGUGACACCGGUUGUGAAGAGAGUAAUGGUUGGACAACACAGGGAAGCUCCAGCUAUCUUCAAGCAUGAGAAUACUUAUUACAUGGUCACUUCCUGGUGCACUGGUUGGGCACCAAAUGAAGCCUUGGCUCAUGCGGCUGAAUCUAUAAUGGGUCCAUGGGAGAAGUUGGGGAAUCCGUGUAUCGGCGGUAACAAAGUUUUUCGGUUAACAACAUUCUUUGCGCAGAGCACGUAUGUGAUUCCUUUACCGGGUGUUCCCGGAGCGUUUAUCUUCAUGGCGGACAGGUGGAACCCAGCUGAUUUGCGGGAUUCGAGAUACGUGUGGCUACCGUUAGUUAUAGGAGGUCCUGCUGAUCAGCCUUUGGAGUCCAAUUUCGGGUUCCCGAUGUGGUCGAGAGUGUCUAUAUACUGGCACAGUAAAUGGCACCUACCUUUAAAAAAAGAAAGACAAACAAACAACUAA